GAACUAUUAUAAGUAUAAAGUUUCGUUUUAUUUAUGGUCUACAUUCUGAGAAAGCGGCGUGACAUGAUUUUUAGGCUUUUCGUGGAACGAGCCUCUUGAGUUGGCAGUGUUGGCAUCACUGGUAAACAAAAGAUAAACAACUUGGCUUCAUAUGCCCAGUUUUAGCCCCUUUUUUAGUUUUAACAAUGUCUAAAAACUCUGAAAAUGAUUUAUACGGAACUAAUUUAUCAGUAGAAUCUAUGAAAGUAAUUGCCGAAAGCAUCGGAAUUGGGAAUUUGCCAGAUGAUGCCGCAAAGGAGUUAGCUGAAGACAUCUCAUUUAAACUCAAACACAUUAUCCAAGAUGCUGCAAAAUUUGUACACCAUGCUAAACGAACAAAAUUGAUGCAAAGUGACAUUGAUGCAGCCCUCAAAGCUAAAAAUUUAGAGCCCCAAUACGGCUUCCAGUCGGCCGAAGCUCUCCCGUUCCGUUUUGCAUCAGGGGGCGGCCGAGAGCUUCACUUUAUUGAGGAGAAGGAGGUGGUUUUGAAUGAUUUAUUACAAAAUUUGAACGCAAAAGCGCCACUUGAAGUGUCGCUCAGAUCUCAUUGGUUGUGCAUAGAUGGGGUGCAACCCACGAUACCAGAAAAUCCGCCACCGGUGGCUAAACACAUUCAAAAAUUGGAGUCUGUUGACCCAAUUAAUAAAAAACCAAACAAAGAAACGUCAGGGAAGCCCACAACUGGGAAACAGAAAUUGCGGAAUGUGGAAACUGUUCAAAUAAAACAAUUAGCGACGCAUGAGCUAUCAGUUGAACAACAAUUGUAUUACAAGGAAAUUACUGAGGCUUGUGUGGGCUCUGAUGAGGCGCGGAGAGCGGAAGCCUUGCAGAGUUUGGCGUCUGAUCCAGGUUUACAUGAAAUGUUGCCUAGAAUGUGUACUUUUAUAAUAGAAGGGGUGAGGGUGAACGUUGUACAAAAUAAUUUAGCACUACUUAUUUAUUUAAUGAGGAUGGUUAAGGCUCUUUUAGAUAAUCAAUCGCUAUAUCUCGAAAAAUAUUUACAUGAAUUAAUUCCAUCAGUAACGACUUGCAUUGUCUCAAAACAACUCUGUAUGCGCCCCGAAUUGGACAACCACUGGGCUCUUCGCGACUUUGCCUCGCGCCUCAUGUCCCAAAUUUGUAAAAACUUCAACACUAGCACAAACAACAUCCAGACUAGAAUUACCCGAAUGUUUACAAAUGCGCUCCAACAGGGCGACAAAGUCCCACUUUCGUCCCUCUAUGGCGCUCUUGAAGGUCUCUCGGAACUGGGAGCAGAAGUAAUCCGAAUUUUUAUAAUACCACGAUUAAAAUCGAUCGGGGCUCGAAUUGAGAUGCACCUUCAAGGGCCAACCACUUCCAAUAUUGACAAAAUCGCAUCUGAGCACAUUAAGCAAUUGUUAAUUAAAGUCGUGGCCCCGGUUCUGAAAAAUUUGAAGAAUCCACCAGAUUAUGUAGAGGAGUAUAAGCAAGAGUUUGGGUAUUUGGGGCCCGCGCUGCAUGCCGCCGUGGUGAAGGCAAGGACGCAACCGACGCCCUCGACGACGACAGCCUGCAACAUUCCCUCGUCGUUGACGAAUGUCGGUGCGACUAUUACGAGGACUAUGACUCAGCCGUGUCAGAUUAUACAACAGAACACCGGCCCUCAGCGCACGAUUGUAAUGAACCAGUCAGGGCGAGUGACCAACCAAAUAAACAACCAAAAAAUUUUAUUUGUGACGCAACGUCCUCCAACUCCGGGAGGCUCCGUCCAGCCCUCCUCCCAACCGCAACAAAACACAGUCGUUAAAUUUGUCUCAAACACGAGUACAAUCAGUCAGCAAAAAAUGAUUACGACGCAAAAGUUAAUCCAAGGUAAUCAGCCACCAGUGGCAGUAGUUCAGAAAAAUGCGUUUCAACAAAAUCAAAACAAAAAAUCGGAUCAGAUGCAGCCUCCAAAUGUUGACGAUUUGUCACAUUUAAUGUAGGCGUAGAGUUUAGAAAGAUUUCUCAUAAUUUUUUAAAUGAAACUAAAUGUAUUAUCUUGUUUGGAAAUAAAAAAGACAAGGAAA